AUGUUACCUCAUUCAAACAACCAUGCCAGACAUCUUCGUCCUCAUGAAGACCUCAGAUCCUCAUCCGCGCUAAUCCUCUGGUUCAUCUUCCCCACCAGCUCAUCAAAGGCCUGCUCAUCUACGCGAAUUUGGCCAGCCUAUUUGGCGAGAACGGCCAUUGGAUCCUCUCAAUCAAAAAUUCACCGCAAUGCAACCAUCAUGUUGCUGAAGUAUUUCAAGCAAUGUAUUUCAAGAGUCCCUCACACAAUACUCUUCCACCUCCGCCUCUGCGCACUCUUCCUAGCUCUCUCCCCACUAGCUUCCCUCGCAGGACUUCCUUCCUACGACCACCGUUCUCAAACAGUCCUAUCCCAAGCCGCCUUAUCCGACAUCCUACUCCGGGGCUUACCCAUCCUCGGACCCGACAAUGGAUGCUCGAAAACACUUGAAACAUGCGACUGGAUGGCCAAGAUCCCCGACAACACUCCAUUGGUCCGGAUGAACCUUCCAGGGACACACGAUACCUCUACCUGGAACUACUCAGCCACAACACAAGCCUCUUUCACUCAUUAUACGGGCCCCCUCCCACCCGCCUACCUCUUCCGAUGCCAAGAACGCUCGCUCCUUCAAUCUCUUAACGACGGUAUACGCGUGUUCGACCUCCGCUUCGCUUAUAAUCCUGGUAAUGAUACCAUUGGGUUUUACCACUCUGCAGCACUGUUGGCACCCACCACAACUAUGAUCGACUUCUUUUUUGGGUUGUAUCAAUGGUUAAACAAACACCCUACCGAAGCGGUACUGGUGUCGAUCAACCAUGAAAGCGGGACUGGUACUCCAUGCCAUCUGAAACUAACCUCUUCCUGGUAG